UCGUCAUUAUGAUAACAGUGUGUUUGUUGUAUGUACAGCAGCAGCAGCAGUAGCUCUGUAACCUUUUACCCACUUUCACUGUCGUGAAUUCUCACGCUUCCACAGCAGCUCUAUAUAAGGCAGCAAUAACCGAGGCUACAUUACACACCAUCUUUACGCAAACUAGUUACUGCAGUAACUCAGGACCAGGAUGUUAUCCAAUCUUACUCGCUGGGUGUCCAGAGGUGCGCUCCAGGCACUGAAGGGGGCAAGCAGUUGGCCUCAGCUGGUCAAUACUCCUCAUAUUGGGAAUCAGACACUGGCGGCAGCCCCUCUGCCCUUCACUGGGGGUAGUCAAGGAGUGAGGCAGGCCCAAGCACUGUAUCAGGAGAGGCUACUGCAGAUCGAUUGGGAUGAUGGGACCUGUAGUUUGUAUCCAUUCACCUGGCUGAGGGAUAAUUGCCAGUGCCCUCUCUGCAUGCUGCAGUCAGCGCAGGCACGCAGCCUGCUGCUCUCAGAUUUGGACGUGCACAUCGGGAUGGACCAAGUGCAGCUGAUGGACAAUAAGGUGUCUAUAAUUUGGCCAGAUCAGCACAGUAGUGAAUUUGAGCCGGAAUGGCUUAAGAAAAGGUGUUUUUCUUCUGAGGCAAGACAGGCUUUGCAAGAGGAACUCUUCAUUAAUGAGCGUGAAUACUGGGAUUCUGGUCUGCAGAUCCCCACAGCAGACUUCGAGGAGGUUUUACAUGAUGAUAAGGCUGCACUGUCCUGGCUUGAGGCUCUGAGACGCAUUGGCAUUGUCUACCUGAGGGGGGCGCCAGUGGAGCAGGGCCAAGUGGCCAGACUGAGCCAGAGAAUUGGCUAUCUCCGGCUCACCUUUUACGGACACACGUGGCAAGUGCAGGACAAGCCUAUGGCUAACAACGUAGCGUACACAUCUGGCAAACUGAGCCUGCACACAGACUACCCUGCUCUGCACCAUCCACCUGGGGUGCAGUUCCUGCAUUGUAUCCAUCAGGCUGAUCAGGGUGGUGAGAGUGAGGCGGUUGACGGGUUUCACGUGGCGGAGCAGCUCAGGAGGGAGGAUCUGGAGGCAUUUAACAUCCUCUCUUCUCUCAGGGUGGACUUCACAGACAGCGGCGCUGACUACUGCGACUUCAGCGUGCAGUCCAAAAAUCACAUCAUAGAUGUGGACUCUGAGGGUCGAGUUGUGAGGAUCAACUAUAACAAUGCCACACGAGACUCUGUGCUGGAUCUACCUUUGCACCAGGUUCAGCCCUUCUACUCCUCUCUAAAGGCCUUUGUGGAUCUGCUCAACAGGCCUGAGAACGUAUUCACAUACAGAAUGGAACCAGGUGACUUGGUGACCUUUGAUAACUGGCGUCUGUUGCAUGGUCGAAAGAGCUACCUAUCUCAAGGUCAGAGCACCAGACACCUGGAAGGAGCAUAUCUGGACUGGGACGAGGUCAUGUCCCGCCUCAGGAUCCUCCGGAAGACUGUCAGUGGAGACAGAUAAGACUGACCCCUGCAGUGAGAGUGAUUGAUAAGAAGCAAAGUUUAUAUUUUAUCAAUCCUCUGGUUUUUGGCUGCUGUUGCUUUAUGGGAACUUUAACAACUCUUAACCUCAGACAUCUUCAGAUCGUAGAAGGGAAAUUUUCUGUUGAGGCAUUUCCAUUUUGCCAAGUAGAUAAUUUUUUUCUUUUGGUAGUUAAUAUAUGCUUUUAUUUUGGCUUAUAUAAGGGCACUUAGAUUCCUCAGCUCUUUCUUGCACUUGUCUAUUUAUAAUGAUCUAUUCUUUUGCACCUGUUAUCUUAGAUAUAAGGGACAGUUUGCUAGGGAUGAUUUCAAUAUAGUAGUCUUAAUAUAUCAAUUAAGCACCACUGGUGACAGUUAGAUUUAGAUAACUGCCCAAAGUAAGGUUCCUGUUUGAACAAGGGGUUUAUUCUGAACCGCUACCGUUUUCAUUAUUCAUGCAGUCCACAUUGAAACAGAUUGUCAUUUCUGAUGGCACAGUUCAAGGUUUAGUUUUUGAUGUUUAUCAGGAAAGAUCAAUUUGUUCCCCUUGUAUGCUUGUAUUAACGUGCAAUUAAUGUUUUUCACACAUUAUCCACAGAACAAAAAAAGCUUUAGCUGUUUGGUUAUUGGAAACCUGUGUUUGUGUAUGUCUGGACCAUCGUUCUUCCUUGUAUGUAUGAGUUAUUUGGUAACACUGUAAAAUAAGGUUCCAUUCGUUAACAUUACUUAAAGCAUUAGGUAUCAUGAACUAACAAUGGACAAUAUAUAUACAGGUGCAUCUCAAUAAAUUAGAAUGUCGUGGAAAAGUUCAUUUAUUUCAGUAAUUCAACUCAAAUUGUGAAA